AUGGCUAAUUCAAAAGUUUAUAAAAAAUGUCCUGUUUGCGGGUUACCAGAAAACAGAAUGGUCGGAUACAAACAAAUAAUUGAAACAGAUGGUGAAGCUUCUUCUUUGUCCGACUAUUUAACUACAACUGUUGUACUUGGAGAUAUUCUAUGUCGUAAAUGCAGCGGCAUUGCACGUUUAGCAAGGUCAAAAAAACGUAAACUUGAAGAAUCAAAAAACGUGGUUAAUACACCACAGUCCGACAGCCAAGAAUCCACAUCAUCUUCAGAUCCAUCAUCACAGACUUCUAAAAAUGAUCCAGUUUAUAGUCCACAGCAAGUUCAACCUGCUGUUAAAGAAACUAUUGAAUUACCUUUCAAAAGAGUUGUUUCUGCUCAUAACUAUUGCUGUCUGUGUCGAACUAGAACAGGAAUCGUCAAUAUUCCUUUUGAAGCACGACAGCAAGCAUUUGUUGAGAAGGAAAUAUUUAUCCCACAAGGUAACCGAUGUUGUCACAGACAUUUGAUAAAGAAACGGAUUUACGUUGAAGAGUUGGAUAAUUUAAAAAUAGAGGCGCAUUCAUGUACUACAACAGCUGAAGAUAUUACCAAAUUACUCAAAGCUAUAAGUAUCACGUCCGAUAGAGAAUUACAUGACCGAAUCGGUGACUUUUCUAUCUCUAAAGACAGAAUUCGCGCAUUCACAGGAUUGUCGUGGGAACAGAUAAUAGAAUUGAAAGAAAUGAUGGUCUCUUUAAGAAGUACAGCAAAUCGAACUGUUACGCAAGCUCUGGUUGUGUUUCUAUUCAGACUGCAAACAGGUAAUUCAAAUGAAAUGAUCUGCUCUAUUCUCGGACUUGAACGUCACCAACAAGUUUCUGAGUUUUCAAACUUUAUUUUGAAUUCUUUUGAAAAGGAUGUUUUGCCUUCGCGUUUUGGUUUACAUGCCGUCAAUCGCGAAGAUUUGAUUCUUAAUCAUUCAUCAAAUCUUCUCCAAAAACUUCAUGGCAUAAGUGAUAAUAAUCUUGCUCUUGUUGCUGAUGGCACCUACUUAAAGCAUCAAAAGAGCUCCAAUAACGAAUAUCAAAGAAAAUCUUAUUCAGGGCACAAGAAACUUCCAUUAUGUAAGCCAUUCACUAUAUGCACUACAAAUGGUCUUGUUGUUGGUAUCUUGGGACCAUAUUAUGCCAAAGAAAAUGACGCUAGGAUUUUAAAAAAGAUUUUGGAUGACAAUGAGAGUGGUCUGAAGGAGUUGAUGUGUAAAGAAGGCGAUGUUUUCAUACUUGAUCGCGGCUUCCGGGAUGUAAAGUCGCAAUUAGAAAACGAUGAAUAUCAGGUUCUUAUGCCAGCAUUGAAAGGCAAAAAUGAGAAACAGCUGUCAGCGGAAGAUGCAAACAAAUCGCGACUUGUUACAAUACUGCGUUGGGUAGUGGAAGCUGUACAUGGUAAUGUAGCUCAAAAAUAUAAAUUUUUUCACCAUCAACUGGACAACCGCUAUCUGCCUGCAGCUGGUCUUUACUGUAGGAUAGUUUGUUUUCUAAUAAAUCAAUUUGGAAAACGACUUAUUACCACUGCUUGUUCAGAUAAUGAAGUAUUACGUUAUAUACUUGACAAAAACUCUAAAGAAAAUAGCUUAGCUACAGAAGUCAGAGCAGGAAAAUAUAGCCGUAAAUCCAGUUUAUUUGUAAGAUUAACAUCAGCUGAUAUACAGGAUUUUCCCGAAAUGACAAUGAAGGAUCUAAUAAGAUUAUUCACUGGAACAUAUCAGAUGAAGCAGGUGAUAUCAUACUUGGCUGAAAUGAUGGGUGAGACAAAUGAGUUUAAUGUAGGUUAUUGUAAAAUAUCAUCUGAUCUUCUCAAGGUAGAAGUGAAGUCGAGACAUAGAGAAAAUACAGUGUACAAAUGUUAUAUACAUUAUAAACCAGAAACUCUGGGCUGUGCUGGCAUUCUACGCUAUUACUGUGAGUGCCCUAAUGGCGAGAGAACAAUCGGGUGUUGUUCUCACGUAGCCACCGUUAUCUACUAUUUAUCAUAUGCUAGAAUGCAAUCCUAUAUUAUAAAACCUGCAGAACAACUUACGAAGAUUUAUGAACAAGAUAAUACCAUUCCUGUUAUCGAAGAAGACAGUGAUGAGGAUUGA